AUACCGUAAUGGUAAAUGGUAAAUAAUGGUGUAACAGCCUACAAUUUCCUUGACAUUUUGUUUUCAUUAUUGUGAUAGGCUCACUAUUUAUUUUGCCGGGACGCCGUACCGGACCGUACCGCCUUACUUUCACCCCUGGGGUUAGUGAGGUUUACGGUAGGGACGUCCCAAAUAUCCCAGAUAACACUGAGGAAGUAGUGGGGGCGGGCCGUUACUAACCAGUGCACCGCGCAGGAACUCUGGCAACAGCUACAGCGGAGGAUUGGAGCAUAGGAAUACUGCCAGCGAAAUAACAACAGAGAAAGAUAGCUCUCGGAAUACAGUAUAGAAGAUGGCAGUGAAUGUGCACGCCACGUCUGUGUCCUGUGACACCCUGAGCAGACACGAUAUGCUGGCCUGGCUCAACGAUUCCCUACACCUCACCUACACCAAGAUAGAACAGCUCUGCUCGGGUGCAGCGUACUGUCAGUUCAUGGACAUGCUGUUCCCAGGCUGUGUCCUGCUCAAGAAGGUUAAGUUCCAGGCCAAGUUGGAACAUGAGUUCAUACACAACUUCAAAGUUCUCCAGGCUGCCUUCAAGAGGAUGGGAGUCGACAAAAUAAUUCCUGUCGAGAAGCUCGUAAAAGGAAAGUUCCAGGACAACUUUGAGUUCGUGCAGUGGUUCAAGAAGUUCUUCGACGCCAACUACGACGGGAAGGAGUACGACCCUCUACAAGCCAGACAGGGGCAAGACAUGGCUCCCGCCCCCAAUCCAGGUGAUCACUUUUCCCACAGACCCAAGAGAACUCAUGGUCCUCCAGGCCCCCAGAGGAUGUCGCCCACAGUGCCCAAGAUAAUGCCAGCGCCCCAGAGGGUGCUGAACACCACCGUGCAUGUGAGGAAGACCCCGGCUCUGGCGCGGAAUGGGGGCAGCGACGCGGAACUCAUGGAGCUAAAUCAACAGUUGAUGGAGCUGAAGUUGACAGUGGACGGACUAGAGAAGGAGAGAGAUUUCUACUUCAGUAAGCUGAGAGACAUUGAGCUGAUCUGUCAGGAACACGAGACUGACACCAACCCUCACCUCUCCAGGAUCAUGGACAUUCUCUACGCCACAGAGGACGGCUUUGCUGCUCCAGACGAUGACGAGAUUGAUGAACAGGCCCACUUGGACCAGGAUGAAUACUGAGCCUCUCAUACCUUCUGUCCAUAUUCCCCCUCUCCCUCCUCUAAACCAUUAUGUCCAUCCAUAUUCACCCUCUCUCUGCCUCUCUCCUUUGUCCCUCUCUCUGUUUCUCUCUCUCUCUCUCUCUCUCCUUUGUCCCUUUUUUUGCACACUAUAAAUACCUCUAUCAUAUUCCUGUUCUCUCUCUCUUUUCCUCUCUUCCUCUUUCUUCAUAUUUAUAUAUGUUUGUCUCCCUCUCUUCCCCCUGACUAUCUAUUGUACAUACACCUCUACUUCUCAGUGUCCUAAGCUACUCUUCCCUCCCCCCUCCCCAAUGACACAGUAGAGGCAACAAUAACAGAACAUAUCCUAGUCGUUCCAGCAUGGCACAUAGUAUAACACAGAAAAAUGAACAAAACCAAUGUGAUAUUCAUGGGGAUGUUAGGCCUACACAAUUCAUUCAGAGUUGUAAAUAUGUUUUUUUUUUUUUAAAGGAAUGGUUUUGAAAUAAGGUAGUUGUCAGAAUGCAUUUGUUAGUUUGUUUUUUGGUUUGACUCGUGCUUUUUCGAAACCUCAUUUUGGGUUUGUUCCAGAGUAUAAAAAGCACCUUGUGCAUGUUACUGUAUUACAGGUUACCCGUUACCACAAGAGUCACACUUAGACUCUAACAAAAUGGUCUAUGACAACAAAUUAUAUUUCAUUUGUCAAUAUUUUCUUAUUUAUUGAUUUGAUUUAACAAAUAGUAGAACAAUUGAUGCAAAAUGUAUGAAAAUUAAACAAUACUGUAAUUUGUGCUGAUGGCAGUUUAAGAAGCUUUUUCUUUUAGUUGGUGGCAUGUAGUAACAUCAAGGGAAAACACGUAAAAAAGGAAAUUGGUAUAGAAAUGAUCAUUUAGGGCAUAGGAUAUGAUCAAUGCACUUUGACUACUCAUUCUUGAUUAGCUGUAUCUGAGCAUGAGAAUGUUACAAAUUGACAGUGAAUGGGCAAUAUAUUUGUUAGCUAUUUUAUGUGCAGAUUUUGUCUUCCGUCAGAAGUGUCUGGUUAAAUGCCAUGGUAUUUAUUAUGUAUAAUGAGUUUGAACUUAAUUUGGUAUUAACAAUACCUGAGGUACUAUGUAGGCUGACAUUAUGGCAGUAAAAUAUAUUUUUUAAUUUAAAUGUAAAAAUGUGUUAUUUGAAGCUGGAAUCCGUAAUGGUGAAACUGACACGUCUGUUUACGAUAUAUACAAAAAUGCCAAAAAUAAGUUACUUCAAACAACGAAAACAUUUUCACGAUGCUGGAAGCUCCUCCCUUUCAUAAUUAGAACAAUAACAAACAUGCUGGGGCGAACAGUGGUGCCGUUUUCCCAUAUGCGGAUUUCAGCUUUAAAGGAGCAUGAAAAAAACGAUUUACUUUGAUUUGAUCAUAUCACGUUUCUGUUGCUUAAUUUUGCUAUGUUUGUACUUUUGGUUUGCUAUAAUAUAUUGCGCAGCUGUAGUCUUAGGAAUUGCAGGUUGAGUUUAGGCAACAGUGAAGUCAGAGUUUACGUCCCAAAUGGCACCCUAUUUCGUAUAUCGUGCACUACUGGUCAAAAGUACUGCACUAUAUAGGGAAUAGGGUGCCAUUUAGGAUAUACUGAGUUAGUUAGGGGUCUAUGACCAGUUCAAAAUGAUGCUGGUCGUCAUGAGCAUCAUAAGGAAUAUAAGUCAUUUCCCCUGUACUUCUGCCUUUACAAUGCAAACAGCCAUCUGCAAUAGAAUUUGACCUGCAUUCUCUCUCGUGCGUUGACUGUAUACCAUUGUUUGCAUAACUCUCAUCUCUUUGAGUUUUAUUAAGUAAAUAAACUAUUGUGAAAUAA